AUGGUCAAAGAUACAAAACUUUAUGAUAUCUUGGGCAUAAUACCAACUUGUGAUCAAGUUGAAAUUAAAAAAGCUUAUAGAAUAAAUGCCUUAAAAUAUCAUCCUGAUAAAAAUAAUCAUUCAAAAGAAUCAACUGAGAAAUUUCAAGAAAUAACAAAAGCUUAUGAAAUUCUAUUCGACUCUGAAAAGAGAGCUUUAUAUGAUAAAUAUGGUGAAGAAGGUAUAAAUGGAGGCAGUAUCGAUCCAACAACAUCAAAUGGUAAUAAUAAUAAUCAUGGCUCUGCAUUCUCAAUGAGAGGUGAUGAUUUAUUUUCACAAUUCUUUGGAGAUUCUUUCUUCAAUUCAAAUUCCUUUGAACGCCCAAAGAGACGUGGUGUUGAUAUCAAACAUAAAUUAUCAGUCACUUUAGAGGAUCUAUAUCAUGGGAAGUCCACAAAAUUAGCACUAGCCAAAACUGUACUAUGUUCCAAAUGUAAUGCAAAAGGUGGUGAACGUGUUAAAUCAUGUGCCCAAUGUAAAGGACGUGGUAAUGUUGUUGUUUCCAAGCAAAUGGGCCCCUUGAUUCAAAGAUUUGAAUCAACAUGUAGGGCAUGUAAUGGAUCUGGUGAGUUCAUAUCUGAAAGGGAUCGUUGUUCAAAUUGUCUUGGUGUUAAAACUGUGGAAGAGAGGAAAAUAUUGAAAUUGGAUAUCCCUCCAGGUUCUUUUAAUGGUGAAACUAUAACUUUUAAAGGUGAAGGUGAUCAAGGGGUUGAUAUCAUACCUGGUGAUGUUGUUGUCACACUAGAGGAGAAACAUCAUGAUGAAUUCAAAAGAAAACAUGAUGAUUUGAUAAUCAAUUGUAAAAUAGAUUUGUUGACUGCCUUAGCUGGUGGUUCAUUUGGUGUGCAUCAUUUAAAUAAACAAUGGUUGAAAGUUGAUAUAAUACCUGGUGAAAUUAUAAGACCAAAUUGUUUGAAAAUGAUUCAAGGUUAUGGUAUGCCUAAAAAAUUCAAUGAUGGUGAAUUUGGUGAUUUAAUUAUUCAUUUUGAUGUGGAAUUCCCAAAUCAAAAUCAAUUGACUAGAGAAAAUUUAGAAUUUUUGGAAAAAUCAUUACCAUCAAGACCAAAAUUAAAUAUUCCAAAUGAUGUUAAAUUUGAAGAGAAAAUCCUUAAUGAUUUUGAUCCAUAUAUAUAUGACCGUCGUUAUAGAAAAUCAAGAACCAAUGGAACAAAGAGAAGAAAACAAACAGCAGCAGCAGCACCAACUAUGACAGAUGAAGAUGUAUUGACAGAGGAUGAAUUUAUGAAUAAUGACGGAACAGUACCAGACAAUGUACAAUGUGCCAACCAAUAG